GAAUACUGUUUUAUGAACAUUUUUUUUUUUUUUCGGGUCAAAAAUGGCUGCCGGUCUCCUCUAGCCCUCCUCCUCGGCAAGGGUUGAGCAGGCCUGAAACGAGCCGCAGGGAGCGGCGCUGUUUCCGGACGGAGCUCUGGUCGGAGCACCGCGGGGGGAGUGCAGGGUGCGCGGCGCCUGUUCAGAGAUGAUGCUGCUUCCAGAGGGGGACAAUCCUGUGCCAGUCAGAUUUAACCCCUUCCAGCACAACACCCAGUAAUAACUGAGAAAAAAAUGAUGCACCGACUGAGCGGCGGCAGUGACUUCUGUAUCAGCGGGCUGGCUGAGGACUGUCAUCCAGGCGGCCACUUUGAUUUAUGCAGCCCUCACUCCAACAAGUUUUACGCCUCUCCCACGAACCCCGGUCUGCAGCUGUCCCUCGCCAGCCUUGCCCCCUUGCCGCAGGGAAUACACAAAGCCAUGACGUGCCAGCUGCAGGAGACCCAGGGGGACUUCCAGCCACAGGCGGUGAGGAUCGGGCCCGGCGGCGAGGCCCCGGCGCCCGAUGGCUCCAAGAAAAAGAAAGGCGGUGUCAAGUCGGGCCGGAGAGGGAGGCCCUCGGGGACCACGAAGUUGGCCGGGUACCGCACGAGUACCGGGCGCCCGCUUGGUACGACCAGAGCGGCCGGGUUCAAAACCAGCCCGGGGAGGCCCCUGGGGACCACCAAGGCAGCGGGUUAUAAAGUCAGCCCAGGGAGGCCCCCCGGCAGCAUCAAGAGUCUAGCUCGUCUCAAGAAGCUGGAGUUUGGUUGCGAUGCCGCCAAAACACUUGACUUGAGCAACUGCAGCAUUCCUAAGAAACUGGACUUCCCUGGCGGUGACGUUCCGCCUUUUCCGUACGCCAUCAUGGAAACUAGAGACCUCUGUGAAGCCGGCAGCAAGGUGGACGAACCCAACGAGUAGUUCGACAGACGUCUCCGUCAUUUGGUUGCAUGAGCAUGCGUCAGAAGACUUAUUUUUCUCUUUUUAUAUACAAAAAAAAAGGAAACUGUUCACCUUUCACUCACAGCUAAAAAGCAAAUCAAAGUUUAUUUUACUUAUGCACCUAUUCACGCAUGCAAAAAAAAAAAAAAUCAUCAGAAAAAAGCAAAAAAAAAAAAAAGUCUUUUUUAUUAAUUAUUAGUAGCAAUUCAGACCAUGUCAGUUUCUUUUGUUCCAUCAGUCAGGGCCAGCCCAAUGUAGAACUGAACGUUAAAUCCUCUUAGGGGCCCAACUUAAUUUCAAACGACGGGUAGAACCUGUGAAAUUGUUGGGAAAAAACAAAAACUGCACUUUGUCUGUAGUGCCAUUUGUUUAUUUAAUAAUGUAACCUCACUGAGCGAAAUACAUGAUGUCAUAGAGUCACCUGAACUAACGUUGGUUCACUAAAAAGCAGAAUGUGUUAAAUGAACAAGCAUGGACAGGAAGGUGAGGUCAACUGAAGGUGGGCCCCAGAAGGAAAUGAUGCGUCGGGCGUCGUGCUCCAGAGCUUUUCUUUCUUAUAGGUUGUGUUUUUGUUUCCGUUGUUACUGUCUGAAACAUUUAUUUCUUACCAGCUCUCUUCCUAGACAGAAAAUGUAACCGUUUUUGUCUGUUUGAACUAGUCUAGUUGUACAGUAUGUGUUUUACCUUGUGAUACAACCCAGCGCCAAAUGUGUACAGUUAUGAGUGCACUGGUCGGCCUCAUGACCAAAAAAAAAAGAA